AUGCGGGCUGUGCAGAAGGCAGAACUGCAGGUCCCCCUGAGACCAGAGGAACGGGACCGUGGUAGCUGCGCUUCGCUCGCCCUGCUCGACCGAGAGCUGCGAAGCCGCGCCGCCGGCCGGCCUCGGCCCCCGCGGGGACGGUGGGGACGGGGCGCGCUGGGCGUCCCCCGCGGGAGCCGGCUGAUGUUUGGCCUCGGGUCUGUCUCCGUGCAGGUGGUGGAGAGCUGCGUGGCGGCGGCGGGGUACAGCGUGGGGGAGUUCGCGGCGCUGGUCUUCGCUGGAGCCCUGGGCUUUGCCGAAGCGCUGUAUGCGGUGAAAGUGCGCGCCGAAGCCAUGCAAAAGGCGUCGGAAGCUGUCCCCAGUGGAAUGCUAUCGGUUAUCGGUCGGCGAGAGGCAAAUUACAAAUUUGCCUGCUUGGAAGCCCGUAAACACUGUGAAUCACUGGGUAUAGAAAACCCCGUGUGUCAAAUCUCAAACUAUUUGUUUCCAGACAGCAGAGUCAUUGCAGGACACCUACAGGCUUUGGAGUUUUUGCAGGAGAAUGCCCGAAAAUAUUAUUUUACACGUACAAAAAUGCUUCCAGUCAGUGGGGCUUUUCAUACCAGACUUAUGGAACCAGCAGUAGAGCCCUUGGCUGAAGUCCUAAAAUCAAUUGAGAUUCAGAAACCACUGGUCUGUGUCUAUUCCAAUGUUGAUGGCAAAAAGUACAUGCACUCAAAGCACAUUCAGAAGCUGUUAGUGAAGCAGGUGGUUUCACCUGUUUUGUGGGAACAGACCAUGCAUUCUGUAUACGAAAGAAAGCAAGGAGCAGAAUUUCCUUACACGUAUGAAGUGGGGCCUGGAAAGCAACUAGGAGCCAUUCUCAAAAAAUGUAAUUUAAAGGCCUGGAAACAAUAUAACCAUGUAGAUGCUCUGGAAGAUGAGGAAGCGGCAGAGACCUAAGUAGCCUUUUGAGAAAAAUCCACGCAACUUGUUUUUUCUGCCUAAUUUAAAAAUACCUUCAUGCUCCCAAAAGAGGAAGUCUUAAACAUUCACGACUUCUCGUGAUGAAAAGAGCACCUUGUGCAUAACCGCAAUGAACGUUUUCCUUCCCCGUGUGCCUCAGGUGUGGAAGGGCAGAGAGCAAAGUCUGGCUCUUCCAUCUGUGUUGGGACUGCAAAACUGCCAAUAAAC